AUCCGGAGGAGCCGCUGUCGCCUUCAUGCUGCCCGCGGACUGCUCGCGCCGGCUGGUGGCCGAGCUGCGGGACGCCCUGGACGCCUGCGCUGAGCGACAGAGGCAGCUGGAGCGGAGCCUGCGCGUCUCCCGCCGGCUGCUGCGGACCUGGGAACCAGCCGAGACCCCGGCUCCGCAGCCAACCCCAGCGCCAGAAACCAGUGGAGAGGCCCCGUCUCCGGAAUCCACACCCAGCCCUCAAGACCUCAAGGAGCUGGAGCUUCUGACCCAGGCACUGGAGAAGGCUGUACGGGUGAGAAAAGGCAUCUCUAAGACUGGAGAAAGACACAAGGCCCUCAGCCUGAAGUCUGGGUCUGCUGCCACUUCUGCCACCACAGCCUCUGCCCCGUCCCGGGCCUCCGGCCAGGCUAGCUGUCGAGUCUCAGAGACAAAACCCCCCAGGGGCAUCCAGCAGACUGUGGUGCCUGCUAGGGGCCUCCCUGAGUGCAGGCUCCUGUCAGUGGGGGAUCGCACCCGUAUGGGGAGAGGAUCCCGAGCCACCAAGCCUGGACCAGGCCCCAGGGACCAACAGAUACCCCCAUCGGCUGCUCUUCAAGCCCCAGAAGCUUUCACACUGAAGGAGAAGGGGAUCCUGCUGCGGCUACCCAUGGCCUACAGGAAAGCGGCUUCCCGGAACUCCCGCCUGUGGGCCCAGCUCAGCUCUACACAGACCAGUGACUCCGUGGAUGCCGCUGCCACCGCCAAAACCCAGUUCCUCCAGAAAAUGCAGAUGACUUCCGGCGGGCCCGGCUCUGGGCUCAGUGCUGCAGCAAUGGAGGCCGAGGUGGGGCUCCUGCGGACGGCCUGUUUGCUGCUGAGACGGCGAAUGGAGGAAGUGCUCUCGGCAGACCCUGCUGACUGCAUGCAGGAGUACCGCUGCCUGCUUACCCUGGAGGGGCUGCAGGCCAUCACGGAGCAGUGUCUCCACAGGCUGCAGGAGCUGCGUGCAGCAGUGGUGGGACAGCAGCUGGGGCCGUGGCCUGUGGGGAGACGCCCCGGAGCCUCACUGCCCUGCGGAGGAGGAACAGACCCUAUCUGGAGCCCCCAGCUUCUUCUCUACUCCAGCACCCAGGAGUUGCAGACUCUAGAGGCCCUGAGGCUGCAGGUGGCCAUGCUAGACCAGCAGAUCCACCUGGAAAAGGUCCUGAUGGCGGAACUCCUCCCCCUGGUGGGCACACAGGGGCCACACUGGCUAGCGCUUUGCCGAGCUGUGCACAGCCUGCUUUGCGAGGGAGGGGAGCGCUUCCUCACCGUCCUUCGAGAUGAACCUGCCGACUGAACCUUUCCCGUGGCCGGCUGCCACCCCCGAGCCCCGUUCCCAGGCCUCGGGACCCUGGCAUGAGGGUGACCUUGUUCGGACACUGAGACUCUUGGGAGACCACUCCCUGCCCCCCACUAGUUAACAGGGACUGAGAGGAUUUCCAAUGCAGAGAUGGUGUACCCACCCUGGUAAACCAGCUUUCCCAGGUGGGUUGAGGACAGUCCCCUGGCUCUUCCUGAGGAACCCAGGGCCCUUCUCACAGCAGCUAAAGCGAGUAGUCAGACCUCCGCUUGGCUUCGCCUUCCCCAGGCUGAGACCGGAGGCCUUUCUGGGGCUUUUUGUAGCACUUCGGUUUCUUCUCGCUUUAGAUCUAUAAGCCACUUGUGUGACAUUAACACUACUUUAGCAAGUACGUAUAUUGAAAUCACACUAAGAUGGGAUUUGAUGCGUGUUUUUGCUCACCGAGACGCAUCAGAUGUAUUCACUGAGAACACGUACUGAAGGGAGGGAAAGGCCAUUGAAGGCGAGCAGGACUGGGGACUUCUGCCAGCAUUGGCCCCAGCACACCUGAAACCCCUCCCUCCAAUCCCCUAGACUAUACUGGGCUCAUGGGAAAACACAAAAGCCACAAGCCUAUAUCAGAGUGGGUGGGCACCGCGUGGUAUCUGUGCUCACCAACCCCACAGCUGUUGCUGUGGCCAGCGUGGGCACCCUCCCCCCUGCCUCCCCUGCUGAAGGAAUCCUUGCUUUGUGGAACAAAAAACAACUUACAGGUCAAGGUCACGACCUCUGGGUUUAAACCAGUCACAGGGUUGGGCUUACUCUUAAUUGCUGCUGUGGGACUUUUAGCAAGAUUCUCAAGGGCCCAGUGUUGUCCUCACUGUCAUUCUGGGGUUAGUUGUUGGGAGAGGUAAUUGAAGAGACGUGACCACCCGUUGACCCGUGAGCUGGAUCUGGGCAGCGGGAGGCUCCUCGCCCCCUCCCCUGUCCUCGGAAUGUGGGUUCCACUUGCCUCGUCACUCCCAGGGGCUGCUCCGAGGACACAGCCUUGAGGUAGUGAUGUGAUACUUUAAACACCUGCACGGGGGUACACGGCUGAGCCCGCUGAGGGCCUCCCGCGACAUCAGCCUCUAAGCUCUGGCGGGCGGGUGCCGCAGCCCAGGACACGUCUUGUAGAUAAGGCCCGUUUGCUUGUUGACCCCGCCACCCGCCCGGCUGGAGUGGCCUGCCUCCUUCUUCAGUCUCUCCCUGCCCUCUGCACGUGGGGGCCAGUUUCAGAUGACCCCCGGGUGCUCCCAAGGAGCCCGCGCACCCACAGCAGUGGUUAUUACCGCUAGGUCGGGGGUGAGGACAGAUUACACAGUGCUGGGCCCUGGUGAGGCCUGGGAGUCUGGUGUUCUUUAAGCCUUUACUGAGGGUGCCUGGGUGGGUCAGUCGGUUGAGCAUCUGACUUUGGUUCAGGUCACGAUCUCAUCAUUUGUGA